UCAAUCUAAAAAGAAUUACCAAUUGGUUCCACCGUUAGCAUCGGUUGGCAUUUUCCUCAGUGCCUUCACUGCCCUAGAACUUUAGACCCCCCUUUCUCUCCUCAGUCUUCUCUCUCAGUUGAAGCAAAUACUCAAUUAAUUGAUAAGAAAGAAGUGAUCUUUGUCAGGGGUGGGGUGGAAAUGGCGAGCGUGGUAGAUGCGGCGGGAGAACCGAUCCCGACAUCGUCGGUGCUGAUGUCAGCAGCGAAGCACAUAGAAAUUACAUGUAUGUCGGAGAACGUGGAGUUCCUCAAGUGUAAGAAGAAAGAUCCAAAUCCUGAGAAAUGUCUCGAUAAAGGCCGCCAAGCUACUCGCUGUGCCCUUGGCGUGCUAAAAGAUCUUUAUCAGAGAUGCAAAGACCCAAUGGAAACUUAUGUCGGAUGCAUGUAUUACCACACGAAUGAAUUCAAUUUAUGUCGCAAAGAGCAGCAAGCAUUUGAGAAAGCAUGCCCUUUGAAGUGAUUGGCAAACAAACACCUGUAGUUCCAUGGUUGAAAUAAGUUAGGCCAGUUUGCAAUGAGCAAAAACUGUUGUUGCGUACACUAAUAUCCAGCUUUCCAUGUGAAACGCAUUGUCUCCCUUUUGUAUGGUUAAAGAUUGGUCUUGGGAAAAAUUUUUUUCUUUUUCAAGAGAAAAUGACUCCACCGCCAUUUUUGAACAUAAUCAAUGAUGAGUGAUUCAUUCAUGAUCUUUUCUUUUGU